AUGGGAGAGACAAUGAGGACCUGGCAAUACUCGACCGUCGAUGGCAAACUCGAAAAGUGCCUGACAUUGAAGGAAGACGCGCCUAUUCCAAACAAACUUGACCUCCUCCAGGACGAACUCAUUGUCGAAAUCAUCACCGCAGCACUUAACCCUGCUGAUUAUAAGGUCCCUGAAACGGCCGUCAUUGGCCGUUUAAUGAUAUCGCUCCCGGCAACCCCAGGCAUGGACUUUUGUGGCCGCGUCGUCAGCAAGCACCCAUCAAACACAGCGUUCGAAGAAGGACAACUUAUUUUUGGUGGCUUCCCCGGUGUAAGCCAAAAGGGCGUUCUAGGACAAUUCAUCACCAUCUCCUGCAAAAACUGUGCGCCUUUGCCGAGAGGAAUCGACCCUGACCAUGCUGCCGCGGUAGGAACGGCAGCAACCACCGCAUACCAGUCUCUCAUGCCCGAGAAACUGAAGCCUGGAGCCAAGGUAUUCAUCAAUGGCGGAAGCGGUGGCACAGGGAUCUGGUGCAUUCAGAUUGCCAAGGUGUUGGGAGCCGAAGUCGUCACGACUUGCUCUACGGCGAACGUUGAUUUGUGCAAGCAACUUGGUGCUGAUGAAGUUAUCGACUAUAAGAAGGAAGAUGUCGUCGCCAAUUUGAAGAAACGAGGUAAGAUAUUUGAUCUCGUCAUCGAUAAUGUAGGCGACAGCAACGAGCUGUACGACAAUUCCGACGACUAUCUGAAACUUACUGGUACAUUCGUCUUGGUCGGGGUGGGCCAGAACAUGUCACUUUUUGGCAUUAUCUCAACUUUGAUCAAACUAGUUCGAUCGACAAUUUUUGGUUCUGGACGAUUCUACUUCGUUCAAAUGAAGAAUACAACAGACAUUUUCAGUCUCAUUGGUGACUGGAUGGCGGAGGGAAAGGCCAGAGCAGUUAUCGACUCCACCUUUUCGUUCGAGGAUGUCCCGGCGGCUUUUGAGAAGUUGAGGGAAGGACGCGCGAAAGGCAAGAUCAUUGUGCAUGUCGAAAGGCAUCCCACGGGAAAAUGA